UUUUUCUUCUCGACCAACGGAUCGCAGACGCGGACAAGCAUCCUGGUUCAACAUAUUGCAACAGCAUUUUGAAGAAGUUGAGCAGCGAGGACCACAGCGAUCUGAUGUCACAGUUAGACGUGGGGCUGCUAACAGCAUGACGACCCUACCUCGUGACUAUUCGUGUUUGGAAUGUGCUGUUGCCGAUGAAGAACAAGAUCUUGCAGUUUCUGCUGCAGAUGGACAUUAUAAGUUUAAGUAAGUACAAGUAGUGGGUUGUUGUGACCGAAAAAGUAAAAGUAAACCAACUCCAACCACGUAUAGCUUUACCUAAUUUAUUUGCUGGCCAGCAUAGCGAGGCAAGUAGGAAGUGAUGAUUCGAUAUUAAUCAUGGGAACAUCAUGAUCAACCUCUUAACAUUGUGAUUGUGAAGAGAAAAACGUAUAUUUCCCCCCCAGCAAUUUGUCGCUCACCAUGGCGCCGAAGCGUAUCAACAAGAAGCAGCUGGAGGCUUUCCGGCACAAACUGAAGCACGGAAAAGACAUUGCGGACGAGGAAGCGGAGUCCCCGGGAGGACCUGGACAAACAGACGACACCGGAAGGAGCAGUGACAAGGAACGACUGAAAAAUGGCGUAGAUCUUCAUCUUCAACAGAACAAGAAUACCAAUCCGCACUUGGGAGCUGGUGUUCCACCGGCAAAGAACAAGCAAAAAUCCACAGCACGAGCAGUGGAGCGCCAAGAAAGUGAUGGUAGCAAUCCAGCACAACAGAUGAAACCCUCCAGCGUCGAGCAGGAAAAGCAAAAACAUCUUUUCGCGACGUUUCCCAAAACUCUCUGGCUGUACUUCGCGGGACGGCACAAUGAGGAUUUGUGGAAAAAUCUGAAAGCCUUGUGCGCGAAUGAAGUUGACACAGAUGUGGCGGAUUACGACUUUGAAAAUUUCUGCCUGUACAUCGGACACGAUGUGCAAGCGGGGGAGAACAAGCGGCCGCUCGGGUACCGCUUGUUCAAGGAGGUGAAGAAGGACAAGAUCGAGAUUUACGGGAAAUCCAUCGGCCCCGGGGAUCCGGAGUGCCAUUUGAGCCGGGAGCAAACGCAGAACGACAUCAACGAAGCCGUCUUGGCGGCGAAAUUGCUCGCGUACGAACGGAAAACGAACAAGAACAACUUGUGGGAGGACAAGAAUUCCGCUUGUGCGAACUGGCUGAAUUUAGGCUACCUGCACGGGACGCAACUGAUCACCGCUUUCAAGGAGGAGUUCCGGAACAACUGCCGCCAAGAGCGCGUGAACGGCGGACCGUGGACCCCGGUGUUUUUCGAAGAUGGCCCGGACAACUUUUGGGGCGACCUGCCGGAAGAGUCGCCGGGCGGCAAAGUGGUCCGGAUGCAACCGGUUCCGUAUUUGUUCUUCAAGUUUCAAACGACCUUGCUCAUGUGCGCGCCCCGGCGGGACAUCGAGUUUGACAACUUAUUACCCGCGGUGUUUCUGGACCUGAACAACCGUUUGACGGAUAUCAAAAUCGCGGCCGGGCGACGCAUCGGGGAUGAGCAGUACGAGAAGGAACCGACAAACGUGGAGAUUAUGCGGUCGAUGCACGAACACAUUCCGACGGAGGACAUCGGCAAACUCGCCAUCCCCUCGAUCACGGAACUGCGCCGGGUGCAGAAAAUCAUCAAGCUAAACAACAUCGAGCUGGACGAUUGCGAUCUCACCAUCGAGGAGAUCCGGAACCGGAACAGAGCGGCGGGUGGUGCGUGA